CACAAACUCGGAUUUUUUUCUCUUUACUUCUUCUUGUCACUUCAGCGAGUUCAAUAUGGCGUCCACUGCAAGCUCCAAGAUCGUGUUUCUCCUAGCCGUCUGGCUCUUCGCAGUCUUGGGCUUUGCAACUGAUAUGAUCGGAAACAAUAAGAUGAUCCUCGAUACUAUGGAUAAUCAAGAUGCCCCUGACAAUGAAGUGUCUCUGAACUAUAGAUUCUUCCCUCGUGCUGAACCAGUUACUGUCACCGUCACUGAGACCGAGAGUGUCUGUGAGCCCGCGACAUCGAGUGUCCCAGAGCCUUCUGCCCCUACAGCUCCAAUCACCUCGACUGAGGAUAUUCCCACUCAAACCUCCGCGUCUCACACCACUGAACAGCCCUCGAGCACUCUGCAGACUCCAAGUGCCACGCCCUCAAUUUCAUCUUCUGCCUCUAUCUCCCCGUCCUCCUCUAGCAUCCAUACUGCCUCUAGCACUGUCAGCUCAGAGACCAGUGUUACCUCGACGGCUCCCAGCAGCACCACUACUGCCCCUCCUGUCUCAGACUCCGCCCCCCACCGGGGAGGAAUGCACACUAUUUUCCUGGCAUUCGUUGUCAUGUUGACUGGCUUUCUUACCUUUUAG